GUGAUUAUUAGUCAGUUUUUGCUUAAUUGUGAUAAUGAUAACACACUUUUCUUGACGAUUUUGCAGGCAUUGCAUAAAAAAGCCGACUCGGUUUUUCACUUAGCUGUUUAUCGUGGUUUUCAGCCACGAAAUGGACUUUAAGACUGUUAUUCCAUCCCCCGAUGCAAUCACUCUCAAUGAAAUAAAUGUCUGCUUAAUCAGCCAAUUUAAAGCUGUUCUUGGUGUGAAGACAUACUGGCACAAGUUUUUUAUUAUCGAAACUUUUGGCUUAACGCGCAAUGUGGUGCUAAAAACUCUCCUAGAACACGUAAAACCCUUGGAAUUUAUUCCCCUGUUUUACACGCAAGAAGGCAAAGGGGCGUAUUUUUUUGCAAGAAUUUGUGGCCCAGUUAUCGAAAAAUUUUGUAGGGACAAACUGACAGUACCCAACCCUUUUGGCUCUAGGAAGCCUUUCAAAUUAAAAAUAGUCCUUAAAUACACCACCACUUAUCAGGUGACGGUAGACUUGUACUGCAGAAAUGUCCUGCAAGUUUUACAAAAACGCCUCAAAUCGCGCGUUUUGUGUUUGAAUAAUUUCGUGGACGAUCCGGAUUUGAACGAUUUUCUUCUGUUAUCGGAACCAAAGCUCCUAGCUUUCGUUCUAAACCUAGCUAAAGUCUUAAAACCCACAGCUAUUAAGUUGUGUAACAAUGAAAUCAAGUCUCUGGACGCACUCAAAGUGCUGCGACCGCGAAGUAUUAACUCGUUGGAUUUACGCAAUAACUUAAUCGUGGAUCUUGCGGAGUUAAAGCAUUUGUCAAAUUUUGAUAUUACUGAGUUGUGGUUGGAAGGAAACCCUCUGUGUGACUUGUAUGACGAGCACAGUUAUGUGGAACAGAUGGUUAAGUACUGUCCCAAAAUCGAAAAACUUGACGGUUUUUUAUUGAGGCAAAACGGAGUUCCCUCGUUUCGUAGAAAUUUCUUAUGUGAUGUUUCCGCAAGUGAUGUUAUUGACCAGUUUAUGCGAGAUUAUUUUACAACUUACGACUCCAAAAAUCUUGAUAAACUUGAGUCACUGUAUCAUAACGAUGCCGUGUUUUCUCUUACAGCGUAUCACGUUAAUAAUCAAGUUUCGUCAGCAAAUUCGUGCAUAAAAUCAUACAAACAGUAUUCCAGAAAUUUGGUGGAUACACCAAACCGGGACGAAAAUUUAUACACCGGAAGUCGUGAAAUAAUGAAAUUAUUUGACUUGCUUCCUCAUUGUGAACACGAUCCUUACUCGUUUACAGUUGAUGUGAUGCAUUACAGCGAAAAACGUGUCAUUGUUGUUGUAACGGGAGUCUUUAUGGAAAUUCCCAACGUUAAACGAAUUUUGGGAUUUAACAGAUCUUUUUUUCUGGAGUUUCGGGAUAGUAGCUUACGUAUUGCAAACGAGCAACUCCACGUUUUUAACGCCUUAACUUCACAACAAGCCAAGGCGUUCAAAAAACAGGGAGUUUUGCAAGAAGUCCGAAAUGUGACUGAGAAAAAUCAAAUGUUGAACAUUUUUGUUAUCAUUACAAACCUGACCAAAGAGUGGGCCAAACUAUUUUUAGAGGAGUGCCAAUACAAUUUGAAACAUGCCUUGUUAGUUUUUGUAGAUUUAUAUAAGAGAGACAAAAUCCCGUCUCACGGCUUUAAGCCUUGCGAUUAAUUUUUUUGAGAAUUAUUUUUGAGUUGAAUAAAUUUUUCUGGUGCGUUA